GAUUUUUGGAUAUCUUGUACGAAAAAAACAAACAUAACAAUUAGACACUCAUCUCUGAGGGAGGGAUGGGUAAUCAACUCACUGGAUUAUCACCUUCUUCAGUUUUAAAUGUUGAAGAUUACCUAUCUGAAUUAUCCGGUUUAGUUGUAUUUGAAGAAGAACUUUGCGGCUCUAGACUGUUUAAAGUAGCCAAAAUAAGAUCUGUUGAUGGAGAUAAUCCACGUUCACUUGUAGUAAAAAUAUUUCCGAAUUCAAAUAUAUCUCAAUUAUUAUGGCGCUAUCAAGCUAUUAUGUUGCCUUAUUGUCAUCGUAUUAAUUCGGGUUAUAAUUUACUGUUUUUCAGCACAUCAUACAUUACUGAACGUUGUGGAGUGCUUAUUAGGGAUUUUAUUGAUCAAUCGCUAGCUGAUCGUCUAUGCACCAGACCAUUUUUGUGUAUUGAAGAUAAAAGAUGGAUUGCUUAUCAAUUGUUAUGCGCUGUUGAUCAACUUCAUAGUUCUUCAACUAAAGCUUAUAGUAAAAAUUCUAAAACUAAUUAUUCAUAUCUUUGUCAUGGAGAUAUUAAAGCGGAAAAUGUUUUAAUCACUUCAUGGGGAUGGGUACUUUUGGCUGAUCCAGCCCCAUUUAAACCAGUUUGGUUACCAUCUGAUAAUCCAAGUGAAUUUACACAUUUUUUUGAUUCAUCACGUCGACGUGUUUGUUAUUUAGCACCAGAACGCUUUGUUGAAGUGCAUAGUUGUACAGCACCGACUACUACCACCGGUACUACUAAUACCUCUAUUCCAACUGUUACUGGCUUUGAAGCAACAAAUUUGGAUAGUUUUUUGGAUGAAGAAGAAGAAGAAGAAGCAUCUAUGUGCUCUGAAGAAACAAAAAACAAUGUACAUAUGCAUAUAAAUGAGUGUGAUAAUACAAUUGUACAAUCUACCACGAUAAAUGAAUCGAAUGUUUUAAAUAAAGAAUGCAAUAUCGAGUCUGAUAAACAACAACAUCAACAACAACAACUUUCUGUUGAAAUAUCUGAUUUCACUAGUAGUAAUAUUAGUCUUAAUAAUAAUAAUAAUAACUUCCCUAAAAGUGAAUCGUCUUAUUUAAUUGAAAAUGUCAAUGAAUUGUCUACUCAACUCAGUAUGACUUCAUCUCCUUCGCUUAUUUUAAAUACUGAAGACUGUGAUAUACAAAAUUCUAAUGAUGAGGUGGUCGAUUUAAAGCAACGAACCAAAUUUAUGACAUCAAGUUUACUUGACUUAGACUGUCAUUUAACACCAACUAUGGAUUUAUUUUCAAUUGGGUGUGUUCUGUUAGAAUUAUUUACUGAUGGAUCAAUCGCUUUUACAUUGGCCGACUUACUUGCCUACAGACGAAAUGACCAAAGUCGUUUACUGAAACUUUUAAAACAAAUUCCAUGUGAACAUGCUAAAGGUGUUGUCAUUUAUAGACAAUUAUUGUUUCUCAAUAUUAUCUCAAAAUUACGUUCAGAGUCAACUGAUAUCAAGCAUAAAUCUCCUGAUUUUUUGCAUGAUUAUCAAGGUGAUCAAAAAAUGUCAGAUAGUUCAUAUUUGUCUAUUUUAAGAUUACACGUACAAGAAAGAUUAGUUGCAUUAUUCUCUGAUCCAAAUCCACAUGUUCGUCUUGCUUUAAUGAACACAAAUGGUUUAUCAUGUUUAGCAUCAUUUUUCGGUCGAUCAGGUACAAAUGGCACACUAUUAUCGCAUAUGAUCACAUUUUUAAAUGAUAAAUGUAAACCUGAAUUACGAGCUGCAUUUUUUCGUCAAGUUUCACCUUUGGCUUCAUUGACUGGAGCACAAUUUGUUACCAUUCUUCGAUCAUUACUUGAACAAGGUCUAAUAGAUCCUGAUGAUAUGGUUAUUGAAGAAUGUUUACAUUGCUUAACUAAUCUUCUACGUAGAAAAUUACUUAGUGCACCUAUAGCAGUUUCAUUCUUAACUCAGUCUUUAGCAUUAACCGCACAUCCAUGUUUAAGAAUUCGUCAAGGAUCUGUGGCUUAUAUUACAUCGUUUGCUCGACUAGCUGUUAACUUUGCCGAAAAGACACAAUCACGUACUCUAACUGAAGAUGAAGACAGUGUGCCUAUGGUACAUCAUUUUUGGCCAGGUAUUUGUAGUCCUGCUAGUGUUUAUGCUCGUUUAGUUAAUAGUGAAGUGAAGCAGACAAUUUUUCGACGACCUGUAAACUUUUGUUUUACAAAUGAUGCAGUUCUUUUGCAUAGUUUACAUCCACCAAUUAAUCGAACAGUUUUAGAAGCUUUAGUAUUUAUGCCAAAUUCAUCAAAUUCUAUGCAAGAAUCCACAGUUAAUCAUUGUCAAUUAUCUCGUUUAGAUAAAUUAAAUCAAAUAUUGAAAUUAUUUCAAGAAAGAAAAUCUUCACGUGCUAUAACACGUAGUGGUGAAUUGCCAUGUUAUACAUCACCUAAUGAUGAAUUCAUUGAUUCAAUAAUUAUAAAACUCAAAUCACUCGGUCUAACAGAAUUAAUGGAAUCACAAUUGGUAAAUUUAUCUAGUUACAUUAUAAAUUUAUGUCAAAAUGGUCGUCCACAAAAUGUUUUUCAAUCAUCAACUAAUUCAAAAAUGAAUCGUACUGUUCCAAAAUAUAAAAUUUAUCCUAUUGAAAAUUGUGAUAAAAUAUUUCUGAGUUCAAAACCUAGUAUUAAUUCAUGUAUUAAUCCUAAAGAUUUUCUGGAAGAUCCUUCUCAUUUACAAUGGUUACUAAAUUCACCAUUGAAACGUUAUGCAAAUCUCUUAUGGGAACGUCUAAUUUCUGGUCGUCUUUCAUUACAUAGUGAUUCAUUUGAUCCUAGUAGAAAAAUUAUUGUUGGGCGUAGUUUAAUCUUAUCUCCAUCGUCAGCAUCACUUAGCACUGUUAGUGAUAAUUCAUCACAUACAUCGACAAAUACUUCCAGUACAAAUUUGACAACAAAAAUGGGCACAAUCGGUACAUUAGUACAUGGUGAAGCAGUAUCAACAUCAUCAUCAUCAUUAUUUAUUGAAAUGAUUAAUCCAUUGUUCGGUAUACGAUCAACUCCUAGAAAUAUGUUUGAAGUACAAAGUGAAAUGCCUAUUUGGCCAGAAUCACGUCCUCAAGGUAUAAUGUUAGCUAAUCUACAAGAACAUCGUGCAGGAAUGAUUAGUUUAGCAACACAUAGUUCUGGUCGUCUAUUUGCAUCAUGUUCCAGUGGUGAUGGUACAGUGAAAUUAUGGAAUUGUGGAUUUUGGCCUACUGAAUCUGAUGGUUAUGUAGAUCAGCCAACUACUACCGGUAAUCAUUCUAGUCGUGUUAACAGUGCAACAUCGGAACUAGUUCAAAAAUCAUCUAAUUUCAAAAAUUCAGAACUUGGCUUAGCUUAUUGUUUACCUACACGAUCCUCUUGGACGUUUAAUUGUAACGGACAAGAUCCCACUGAUUCAUCGAUUAAAGCAUGUCGAGGUCUUGUAUGGACAUUAAAUGGUUCAUGUUUGGUUACUAUACUUGAUGGAAAAUGUUUACAACAAAUUGAUGUAGCUACUGGACAAUCGAAUGGUAUGAUUCAAUUAGAUGUAAAUAAUUCUGGUCGUGCUGUAUCUUUAAAAACAUCAACCUGUUGUCAAUUUCCUUCUCGAUACAAUUUAAUUCAACAAGUUAUGACUACUGGAAGUGAUACUAAUUUAAUUGUUUAUGCUACAACUAGUAAUCAAAUUGUUGCACGUGAUUUACGUGUACCAAAUUCUAGUUCACCUGUAUGGAUUUUAAAACAAGACAGAGGUCAUGGUUUAAUACUUUCAAUGGCUGUGCAUAGUUUUCAUACAUGGCUUGUUACAGGAACUAGUCGUGGACAUCUUAUUUGUUGGGAUUUACGAUAUAAACGUCAAAUAGCUUAUACAGAACAUCCAUACCAACCAGGUGUAGGUAUUUUAGAUUUACAAAUAGCUGAGACGCCUUCUCGACUUGAGUUGGAUAUAAAGAAUUCAUGUUUUAAUCGUCUUCAGUCAUUCAAAAAACCACAACAAAUAGGACAAACAUUGAUUAUUGCAGCAACUGAUCAUCAUAAUGAGGUGACAAUCUGGGACUUGGAGUCCUCAGCCACAGCGUCAUCGUCCGCAGCCGUUUCAUCUUGUAAUUAUGGACUUCCUGAUCCCUUCGCACCAGUUCGCAGUACAGGAUGUUUAGCCUCGACAUGGGCUCAGCCAGGAAAUAAAACACCUCUUAUUCUUGAUAGUUCCUUACCACAUCGAUCAGUUCGAUCAAUUUUGUGCCUUCCUAACAAUAAAAAUGUUCUGCCGUUUAACGAAUAUAACAAACUCAAUUCACAAGUUAUUAAUCUACCAGCUAUAGUGGCUGGCGGUAAUGAUGCUCGUUUACGUUAUUGGAAUUUCCGAAAACCAGAAGAUUCAUGUAUCUUAGUUUGGGCUGGGAAUGAUGAAGAAGCUAUCCCUCCUCGAUAUACUUACCGGUCAAUGGAAGUAAAUGAUGUCUAUAUUCUAGUUGAACAAACUGACACUCCAUCUGUCAACGAUAUACCAAGUUUGUUGACAAAAACUGUACACACAGAAACAUCACAAAAAUCAAAAUCAUCUAAUAAUACAACAGAGACAUUAACUGGUGCAUUUCCUGUGUCCGGACGUUUAGAAUUACGUGAAUCAACUAAAGGUCAUAAAAAUAUCAUAUCUGAUUUAACUGUUCUUCAAGCAGGUCAAGCAUUUUUAGUCUCUUCUUCAAUGGAUGGAGUUAUAAAAAUUUGGCGUUAAUAAUAAUAAUUUGAUGUUAAUAAAUGAAAUAUUUACAAAAUGUAUUUUUUUUUUCAACUGAUUUCACUGAUUUAUUAUUAACUAUCAUCAUACACUGUGAUUAUGAUGUUUUAUUCAAUGAUAAAACAAUUCUACUUGUACAAUUUCAUUUUAAUAUAUAUUUACAAUAUAUCAAACAAAAAUUUUUAACAGUAAUCACAAAUUUUGUCUUGUAAACUGUUGUUUACAUCUACGACUGACUGUAUAUGUUUGUCAAAACCCUGAUCUUUUUUUUUUUAAAUUUGUUUUUCUCUAUAGACGCUAAGCUUUUUUUCUACCACCAACCUAAAAGUAUUAUUUCCCACCCGGUUUUUACAAAAAUCUUUAAAUAUACACAGUAAUAGCAUUGUUCACAAAAAAUGGAUUUGUUUUUACUCCUGAACUAAAAACGACAUAAAUAAAUUUAAAAAAAAUGAACUAGCGAAAUAAAAAAAAUGCUUACAUACAUACAUUCAUACACGUAAAUCUGUACAAAAUAAAGGAAAUGAGAAAUCAAAGUUGUUGUUUUUUUCUUUUAUUAUUUUCUUGUUCAUAUUAAAUGGUUUGUUUUUUUAUCUUGCCGUUUAAGUGUUAAAAGAACCAUAUAAUCACUUGUUGUUGCUAGAUCUGAACUUAAACAAGGUGCUGCUUGUUUUAAUAAGCUUAACGCAAAACUACUUGGUGCAAAUAAAUAUACUAUUAAAGAUGAUUGUUGCAUGGUAGUUGUUUUGUCUAAGCUAUUAUUCAAUAAUUCUUGUGAUAUUUUCUCUGCACUUGGAUAAAUUAUACCGGCUGAUUGUUUUAAUUUUAAAUAAGCAAUUAAAGCAUGCAAUGAAAAACAAUGAUUUGUUGUUGUUGUUGUUUUUAUAUUUGUAGUUUCAGAAUUCGACUGAUUAUCUUGUUUUGAUUCUUUGUGUAGACAUUUAUUGGUUUGCUCCAUAUCGGGUAAUAUUAGCAUGAGGCAUAAAUUAUGACGAGCUGUAGAUAGUACAUUGUGAAUACGAUGCGUGGCUUCAGCCAUCCAUGAAGCAUCAAGAGUUCCGCGGCGUGAAAUACGCAAAGUUGGAUUACAUAAUCGAUCGGAAUUACUGCUAUCAUCACCAUAAUCUAGUAAAUCUUUACAAAUAUCUUUAUUUCCGAUUAACAUCAAACAACGGAAGUAGAAGUGAUCAUUUUUUAAUAAGAACUUUCCUUUCCAUAAAUCCGGCUGCAGAUAUUGAUCUAGUUCCUGGAGAGUGACGAUCGAUUUCAGGUUAGAUGGAAUAUCUUCUACUGGGGUGAGUAUACCGUGGUUGUCUGAGUAGCGAAGCAUGUUCCGAUUAUUUGUGUGAUAUCGAUUAGACAUAUGAAAAGAAGGCUUUAAAUGAGGUAAUUGUCGUACACUAGGGAGAUUCUUAUCGCCCGCAGGAUCGUCUAUGCCAUAAUGAUUCAUUGUAUAAGGUCCUCCAUCAAAAUGUUCAUUUGGCCGAAUACGACAGUUAUUUGUGGUUAUAGGAACUCCAGUAUCAGAUCUAAUCAGAGCGCUUCGUGGCUCUGACAUUUGGUUGUUUUGAUUGUCACCUUCCAUGUUAGACUCCGUCUUGCUUAAAGUCUGUGGUUUUGGAUGAAUUAAUUCCGGGUUUAUAAAGUCUACACGAAGUCUCAGGUUUGGACGACUAUUUGCUGAGAGACAUUUUAAUUGUCUAUUAGCUUCAAGCGCUGAUUCACAGCUGUCAUACAUGGCGAUGGCGUAUUUACGUCUAGGAGACCAGUCAAAAUAUGUGAGUUGCCCAAAACGAAACAACAUACGUUGCAGUGAAUCAGUAGAAGUCCAGGAUUCCAAUCCACUAAUGUACAAACAUUGAGAUGGGAUCGCUUUACCAUAGCCUAUUUUGCAAUGCAGAGAUCUAACGAAACGACCAGACAUGGACAUUUUCGCACGACUAGCCAUAUCAACAUUUUGGAAGCGCACAAAUGCGUAGGAAUGUGCACCGGGUUUAGGAGAACGCUUAAUAUCAAUUUGUUCAACAUACCCAUAUCUCUCAAACGCAGAGAGUACCUCUUUUUCGGUUAUAUCUGGUUCCAAACUUCCGACAAACAGAGUCCUCGUAGCUUUUGAUUCCUUUUCUGAGUCGGAUGCUCCAGGAGAGAAUCCAUUUCUAUUGUGUUCAUAGUUUCGAAGGUUAGUAGAUCCAAAGCGAUUGUGAGAAUUGAUUGUAUUUAACUGCGUAGGUGGCAACACCCCAGGAACAGCAUUCAAACCAAGCGCCUUUGCAGCAGCAGCCAUCAUGGCGGAAGAUGUCAUUCCAGGCAUACCUAGCAGGCUUGUAGUACCUGAUGGACCAAGCGGGGUUGGCUUGGAUAAAAAGUCGGGAAACGUAGAUUCCAUUUUGCCAGGAAUGUUGUAUACAGGGUUUCGGUGAUCACUAAUAUCUUCAUCUUCCAUUCCUUCUUGACGCUUUUUGCUGGCAAUCACUUUACGAGUAUCACCAUCACUAGAAAUAUCAACUAGUGAGGUAACAUUGGAAGGACGAUCAAGUAUAUAUAUUACUGGGCUGUCACAGAGAGCUUCUUGUGCGUCUUCAGAAUAU